AUGUACAAGGUAUUGGAGCGCAUUAUCCUGGACCGACUCAUUAAACAUCGCGAAGAAACUAGGCGCGAUGAGCAAGCUGGCUUCCGUCCUGGCCGAUCUACGACUGACCAGGUGUUCUUCGUCAGGAGAGUGAUCGAAAUCUGGCAGCGGCAUUCGAAGCCAACGUUUCUGGACUUUGAGGCCGCGUUCGACUCUCCUCAUCGAGGCCAUCUUCUCAACGCGCUCCGCGCCGAUAGAGUACCAGAAAGGUUCGUUCGCUUGCUUAAUGACAUGAAUCAACAACUGCUGCAGUUCGAACACCAGCCGGGUAUAAAACACUAUUCGGUGUGGUAA